AUGGAACAAAUCUUGACCGAGAAUUUCCAAGAUCGAACUGAGCCCUCCCCACAAGGUGGAUGUAGCUCUAGGCCACUGCUACAUCCUAGAGUGUCGAAAUCCCAUGCCGGCAAAUCGUCCAACCAUGACGUGGCAAACGUCGGACAGAUACAUCUGUCUUCCUACAAGCUCGGUGAUAUUAAUCUCUUUCAUGGUGUACCUUUUCUAUCCCGUGAGGGUCAAAAGUGGAUUGGAGUACGAAGUGAAGAAGGCGAGCCGCAGAAAGACAAUUACAAAUUUUCUGGUCUUCCUUGGGUGAAUCAGUCUCAAGACUCUCGUCCAGAGUCUCUCCUACGUUCAACUUUUGAAGAAUUACCACCUCGCGGUGUCUUGGAAAGCUACUUGGAGAAGUCUCAACGGUCAGACUUUUUCAGCUUCCUGCCGCUGACCGAACCCGUACUAUUUGCCGCAACUGUGGAAAGAGCAUACGAUGCAUCGGGUACUUAUCAAGCAUUGACCGCGAAGGCGUCGAUCUUUGCAUAUCUAGCACUGCGAGUGCUGAUCGGCGACUCAGAAACGGAGAAUUUAGCAUCUCAACCGGUAGCAGGGUACGAGGCUGCUUGUCGAAUACUCAUGCCUGACCUUUUUGCCGCACAACCCAGCAGCGAGAUUGUUGGUACUCUCAUGAUGCUUGCAGUCUAUCAAUUUGGCUGUGGGAAUAUUCAUACUACAGAUAUUAUUAUGUCCCUAGCGGCUCGAUUUUUGUUCAUGUUGGGUGCACACCUAUACCCUGGUACCGAUAUUGACGGUCCACCGAUCGAAUCUCAAAAACUCGAAGCUCGAAGAGUACUCUAUCAACGUGACUUAUUCUGGAUCUGCUAUUCACUGGACAAGGAAAUCAUGUUUCGUACAGGGCGACCGCCUAUUAUCAACGACACCUCGUGUGAUCUCACAUUUCCAGCCUAUUAUCUGGAACAGAUGUCUCUGGGACCGCACAUUGUAUGGCGACUUCCAAGUGACCUGCGGCUAAGUAUAAUCAAGUCAAAUGCAUACGAAAAGCUUUACUCACCCCAGUCUUUGCACAAAUCCGAUGCCGAGCUCUUCAAAGACAUUCGAGAGCUUGACAAUACACUGGAGAGCUGGGGAUUGUCACUUCCUGUAGGGUUCAGACCAACACUCUCAUUCUCGGAAAGUAUGUCGACUCAACUGGAGCUUCCUCCCUGGAAUAUCUCAGCCCUCAUGGUCAGGCUUGAAUACUACCACUGUAUGACCACAAUACACCAGGCGAGUAGUCGCAGUACGAAUUGGACCUACAAGCGUCGAGUAAACGAAGGACUACUCUCGAGCAUAGAACUUGCUCUGCAAAGUAGUCGUUGUCAACUCCGUUUUCUACAUUCAGCGGAACCUAUAUCGGUGCCCAAUAUCUUCUGGUACGUUAUCGACUCUUCUCCUACUUCCUCACUGAUCCAUACUGCCGCUGACUUACUACCUCCUCACUAUCAGGGUGGUCCUCUUUUAUCCGCUUUCAGCGGCGCUAAUUCUAUUCUGCCAUCUCGUGAGCGACCCUACAGCCCCAACAGCGUCUUCGGAUCUGGACAUACUCAGACAAUGCUUCAACUUCAUCGGAGAGAAGUUUAA